AUGGGCGAGUAUGCUUUCUUCCUCGAGCAAGUCCUUCACGACCCAGACGCCGCUGAGUCCAUGUACAAGCGAUCGAUCAACCAAGAUUCACAGAACUCGGGGGUGCUUGCCCGGUAUGCAGAGUUCUUGAGCAGUGUGAGGCAAGACAUGGAAAGCGCGUCCGAGGUCUACCGUCGUUGUCACUUCGCUGACCCUCAGAACGUGGUUGGGCUCCUUGGCUUGGCCUCGGCCCUGCUGCAGGUGCAGGACAGCGAUGGAGCGGAGGAGCUGUAUCUCAAGGCAAUCAGCUUGUACCCUUCCGAUGCCGUCGUCUUGGGCAGUUACGCUGAGUUCCUGUCCAACGUUGGCGGUGAUCGCAGUCAGUCGGGAGAGUACUACAGGCGAGCCAUCGAGGCUGACCCGCACGAUGCGACGAAUCUCAGCAACUACGCGAUUUACCUCAUGGACGGCGACGAAAACUCGCAAGAAAAUGCGGAGAAGUACCUGAAGAUGGCGGUGGAGGCGGACAGUUCAAACGCGAGGAUCCUCGGCCGGUAUGCCGUCUACCUCGAACGAGUACGACAGAAUAUGGAUGCAGCGGAGGAGUACUACAAGCUCUCGGUGGGAGUUCAAGGCAGCAGCGGCCUCAACCUUGCCUACUUCGCCUCCUUCCUCUCCAACGUCCGGGGUGACAAGGACAGGGCGCUCGAGCUACUCGAGCUCGCGGUCAGCAACGAGCCUGAGAACCCGAUCGUGCUCUCCAUGCGAGCAGAUUUUGCGGAGAACGUGCAGAGAGACAUGAAGGAGGCGGAGAAGUUCUACAAGCGAGCCCUCGCCCUCGCUCCUGAUAGCGCCGACGUGCUGGGGGCUUAUGCGAACUUUCUGGCGCACUCGCAGCAGGACUUGGAGGCAGCGGAGGAGAUUUACUGCAGGGCCAUCGACGCGGACGGGACGAGGGCGGAGAACCUUGGGGGGUACGCGAACCUGCUGAUGAGCCUCUGCAGGCAGGGAGAGGACAUGGCGCCAUUCAUCGAACGUGCUGACAACCUCUACCGCCGAGCGGUCGACUGCGCCCCUGCUGAUGCUGGGCUGAUCGCCAACUUUGCGGUGUUUCUGGGGUACGUGCGAUGUGACUACGAAGAGGCAGAGAAGAUGUUCGAGCGAUCGCUGGAGCUCUGCCCCGAGGACGUUGACUUCCUCCUCAACUUCGCGCAUUUCAUGGAGACUUGCAAGAAGGACGACGACAAGGCUGAACGCUUGUUCACCAGGGCACUGGCAGCCUGCCAGCACAAAGACGCUCGCGUGCUCGCAAGCUUCGCGCUCUUCCGCUCGCGCACUCGUGAGGAUGCGAUCGAUGACAACCGUCUCCUCUUCGAGCAGGCCGUUGCUGCAGAUCCAACUAACGGGCCCCACCUGGCCGCCUUCGCUCUCUACCUGUCCUCCGUCCUAGACGAGCACGAGCAGGCCGAUGCACUCUUCCGUCGCGCAAUCCAGCAGGACCCCAGGAACGGUGACAUCCUCGGCUCGUAUGCGUCGUUUGUUGCUGAGGUGCAGCACGACAACGACUCGGCGGAGGUCUACUACAAGCGAGCGAUCGAGGCGGAUCCCUUCAACGCCGUCACCCUCGGCAAGUUCGCCUACUUCCUUCACUCGGUGCGAGGCGACCACGUCAUGGCGGACGCGCACUUCCAGCGGGCGGUGCAGUGCGGCAACAACGCGGACAUCCUAGGGAACUACGCAUCCUUCCUCGAGACUGAGAAGGAGGAUCAUCAGCUAGCCGAGCACUACUACAAGCUGGCGAUCCAGGUGGACCCGCGUCACGCCUACAACCUCUCGAGCUACGCGCGUUUCCUCGCCUACAACCAGCACGACCAUGACGGCGCGAACCAGAACUUCCUGCGAGCCAUCGAGGCGGACCCGUCGGACUCGGCGGUGAUCGACUUUUACGUGGACUUCCUUCAGAGCAUCCGAGACUCGGACCCCAACGUCCAUGGCUACUUCAAGUCCGCCCUCUCCCUCCUCCCCCAGUGCUCUCAAGUCCUCCAGGCCUACGGCGAAUACCUGGAGCAGGUCCUCAACGACGCAGAGCAAGCGCAGAGAUACUACAAGCUAGCAUCUGAAAUCGUGAUUCUCUGA